GUAUUUAUAUAUAAGGCGCCGCGCAGCUGUCAGGUGUCGGGGGGCACCAGCGCUCUAUUUGCAGGAUUAUCUAAGAGAAAACCCGCAUCCACUCAAAAGUGUCAUGGCUCACGCUUGGGGUUACGCCGCCAAUAACGGUCCGGACAAGUGGGCCGCCAAUUUCCCCAUCGCCGACGGUCCGCGCCAGUCGCCCAUCGACAUCAAUCCCGGCCUGGCAUCGUACGACGGCGCGCUCAAGCCGCUCAGCCUCAAGUACGACCCGACCACCUGCUUGGACAUCCUCAACAACGGACACUCCUUCCAGGUGACCUUCCUCGAUGACACGGACAGCUCUGUUCUGACCGGCGGUCCCAUCUCCGGGGUGUAUCGGCUCAAGCAGUUCCACUUCCACUGGGGGGCUUCCGACGACAGGGGCUCGGAGCACACGGUGGCCGGGAACAAGUAUCCCGCCGAGCUCCAUCUGGUGCACUGGAACACCAAAUACGCCGACUUCGGCGAGGCGGCGGGCAAACCUGACGGACUUGCCGUGGUGGGAGUUUUCUUGCAGAUUGGUAAUGACAAUGCCAGUCUCCAGAAGGUUCUGGAUGCCUUUGGUGCUAUCAAGAACAAAGGCAAGCAGACGACGUUCAAGGGCUUCGACCCGAGCAGCUUGCUGCCCGCCUGCCUGGACUAUUGGACGUACGACGGCUCCUUGACCACCCCCCCUCUGCUGGAGAGCGUCACCUGGAUCGUGUGCAAGGAUCCCAUCAGCGUCAGCUCGACUCAGAUGGGCAAAUUCCGCAGUCUGCUGUUCUCAGCCGAGGGUGAGCCCGAGUGCUGCAUGGUGGACAACUACCGCCCCCCGCAGCCACUCAAAGGCCGCCAAGUGCGCGCGUUCUUCAAGUGAACGCCCGCCGCUAGCUUCCUGUCCCUUGCAAGUAUAACGGUGCCAUCGGAUUUGGAAGUCGGAAACGGGGCUAGCUUAGCCUUCCGUUCUUUGCGUCACGCGAGGUUCUUUUUUUUUCUUUUUUUGGGGGUGGGGGGAAUAUGUCAAUUGAUUUUGAUGCGAAAAAAAAUCUGUUGGAAAUUCAAACUCCAUUUUGAAAAGAGACAUUGAAUUUUUGACAGAUUUUUUUUUUUCCGUCCAUGUUGAAGUGUUUGACACUGAAUGAACGAGAAAAAAAAAGAUCACUGUUCCAAAUUCAAAUCCAAGGUCUGAUGGCACAGAUAUACUUCCAAGCCCGCUUCCCUUCCCCCACCCCGCCACGGUUGCCCUUUCUCCUACCUCCUUUUAGCCGCGGAAUGGCAGUGCACUCCAAAGCUCAUCACGUGUCUCCCGUCCUUCCAAUAUUCCUUUAUGGAAUUAUUCCUGCCCCGUGGAGCACUUGGCAGGCGUCACUUUUGUCAACGUGUACCGAACCGGCCAGCGAAAGAAGCCAUCUGCCAUCAUUUGUGCCAUUUACGAUGCAAAUCCACCCCUAUCUGGCUUCUGGAUGAGCCGCCGUAACGACUGCGCCAGAACACCAGGACGGCUGAACACGAGCCACGAACCCUUUUGAUGUGCCGUCCUCCUCGUGUGUGUGCGUUUUUAAAAUGUAUGCAAACCAAGUACUACUCUGCGUAUCCUCCUCUGGAAAAAAAUCGGAAUGAAAUGUUCUGUGUCAAAAGAGAAUGUGCAAUUGAGAUGAUUAAAAAAAAAAAAAUGCCAAGACGACGACAAGAAGCUGCCAGGAGAUGAGACGUUCAGGCCGACACAGUUGCACUGAAUUCAUUCAAAUGAACUAUUUUCGAAGCUCAUCUUUGUCUCUGUAUUUCUGAACCAAUGUACUCAAGACAGAUUGUAAUUCAUUUUUUUAAAAGGACAAAUUAGAUGCCUUAUUGUUAUUUUAAAAUCAUGCCAGUGGUUGUCGAUCCCCGUCCAGAAGUUGGAUGUCUUCUUGUUAUUCCAAAGAUAGAAAGUGGACCUUUGACCAUUUGAAUAAAUCUAUUCUAAAAAUGUGA